CAUUCCUGCCCUCGGGGUGGACGGAGUGACCCCGACCCCACUCCCUCUUCCGACCAUGGUAGUAUUCAAUGGCCUUCUUAAAAUUAAAAUUUGUGAGGCCGUGAGCUUGAAGCCCACAGCUUGGUCACUGCGCCAUGCGGUGGGACCCCGGCCCCAGACUUUCCUUCUCGACCCCUACAUUGCCCUAAAUGUGGACGAUUCGCGCAUCGGCCAAACAGCCACCAAGCAGAAGACCAACAGCCCAGCCUGGCAUGACGAGUUCGUCACCGACGUGUGCAAUGGACGCAAAAUUGAGCUGGCUGUCUUCCACGAUGCCCCCAUCGGUUACGACGAUUUCGUGGCCAACUGCACCAUCCAGUUCGAGGAGCUGCUGCAGAACGGGAGCCGCCACUUCGAGGACUGGAUUGAUCUGGAGCCAGAAGGAAGAGUGUAUGUGAUCAUUGAUCUCUCGGGGUCGUCCGGUGAAGCCCCUAAAGACAAUGAAGAGCGUGUGUUCAGGGAGCGCCAGCGGCCAAGGAAGCGGCAGGGGGCCGUCCGGCGUAGGGUCCACCAAGUCAAUGGCCACAAGUUCAUGGCCACCUACCUUCGACAGCCCACCUACUGCUCCCACUGCAGAGAUUUCAUCUGGGGUGUCAUAGGAAAGCAGGGAUACCAGUGUCAAGUUUGCACGUGUGUUGUCCACAAGCGGUGCCAUGAGCUCAUAAUCACCAAAUGCGCUGGAUUGAAGAAGCAUGAGGCUCCCGACGAGGUGGGCUCCCAGCGGUUCAGCGUCAACAUGCCCCACAAGUUUGGUAUCCAUAACUACAAGGUCCCCACCUUCUGUGACCACUGUGGGUCUUUGCUCUGGGGCCUCUUGCGACAGGGCUUGCAAUGUAAAGUCUGCAAGAUGAAUGUUCACCGGCGGUGUGAGACCAACGUUGCCCCCAACUGUGGGGUGGAUGCCAGAGGAAUUGCCAAGGUGCUGGCCGACCUCGGCGUCACUCCAGACAAGAUCACCAACAGUGGCCAGAGGAGGAAAAAGCUCAUUGCUGGUGCUGAGUCCCUGCAGCCUGCUUCUGGAAGCUCAGCCUCUGAAGAAGAUCGAUCCAAGUCAGCACCCACCUCCCCUUGUGACCAAGAAAUAAAAGAACUUGAAAACAACAUCAGGAAGGCCUUGUCGUUUGACAAUCGAGGAGAGGAACACCGGGCAGCAGCGUCUACUGAUGGCCACCUGAGCAGCCCUGGCGAGAAUGGGGAAGUCCGGCAAGGCCAGGCCAAGCGCUUGGGACUGGAUGAGUUCAACUUCAUCAAGGUGUUGGGCAAAGGCAGCUUUGGCAAGGUCAUGUUGGCAGAACUAAAGGGCAAAGAUGAAGUGUAUGCUGUGAAGGUCUUAAAAAAGGAUGUCAUCCUUCAGGAUGAUGACGUGGACUGCACAAUGACAGAGAAGAGGAUUCUGGCCCUGGCACGAAAACACCCGUACCUAACUCAACUCUACUGCUGCUUCCAGACCAAGGACCGCCUCUUUUUUGUCAUGGAAUAUGUCAACGGUGGAGACCUCAUGUUUCAGAUUCAACGCUCUCGAAAAUUCGAUGAGCCUCGCUCCCGGUUCUAUGCUGCGGAGGUCACCUCGGCCCUCAUGUUCCUCCACCAACAUGGCGUCAUCUACAGGGAUUUGAAACUGGACAAUAUCCUCCUAGAUGCAGAAGGUCACUGCAAGCUGGCGGACUUUGGGAUGUGCAAGGAAGGGAUUCUGAAUGGAGUGACCACUACCACAUUCUGUGGGACUCCGGACUACAUUGCUCCUGAGAUCCUCCAGGAGUUGGAGUAUGGCCCUUCAGUGGACUGGUGGGCCCUGGGGGUGCUGAUGUAUGAGAUGAUGGCUGGACAGCCCCCGUUUGAAGCUGACAAUGAGGACGACCUCUUUGAAUCCAUCCUCCACGAUGAUGUGUUGUACCCCGUCUGGCUCAGCAAGGAGGCUGUGAGCAUCUUGAAAGCGUUUAUGACCAAGAACCCUCACAAACGCCUGGGCUGCGUGGCGGCACAGAACGGCGAGGAUGCCAUCAAGCAACACCCGUUUUUCAAGGAGAUCGACUGGGUGCUUCUGGAACAGAAGAAGAUCAAGCCCCCCUUCAAGCCGAGAAUUAAAACCAAAAGAGACGUCAAUAACUUUGAUCAAGACUUUACCCGGGAAGAGCCGGUACUCACACUUGUGGAUGAAGCGAUUGUGAAGCAGAUAAACCAGGAGGAGUUCAAAGGCUUCUCCUACUUUGGUGAAGACCUGAUGCCAUGAAAG